AAGGUUCAGUGGUCGGUUCAGCCGAAGAAUCAUCCUUAAUUGAUUCUUAUUUCUCAGGAAUUUUCCGCUUUCGUCAAUUUUUUGAGGUUUUUUUUUAUUAUUUUAAAAGACAAUAAUAUUUUUUCUAUUUGAUCAUUUUCUAAUCAGCAUUGUCCAAUUUUUUAAAGGUCAAAAAAUUACUUUUUACGUCUUUCACUUUGCUAAGUUUUUCUUUUACAAUCAAGCCGUUUAGCUCACUAAACAUCGCUAACAAAAUAAAAUUUAUGAAGAUGAUUUAUAAAUUUAUUUUAUGUAUAAAGUAUCCAUGAAAUAUACUAAGCUGACAAUAGGAUUUAUGGAGUUUGUUAUAAUAUUGUAUCACCCCAAACUUUAUGGCUCACGAUGAUGUUUCAGGAAGAAGAGCUAAUCGGAUCUUCUUCAUUUCGAUUCCUCGCUCAUUAACUAUUAUUAGACACUAACUUGGGCUUUUUAACAAUACCCAAGAGUAGGAAAUCAACCGUCUUUCAGUAAAUCUCUAUUAAUAUCUGGUGAGUUAGAAAGCUAUUAUGUUUAAUAUAUUUUUUAACUAUUUAAACUAUGUAGUUUAAUUACAUUUAAUUGUAAUGUUAAAAGGAAACAAUAAAAAAAAUGUCAACCGAGGAAGCAGGUCAUAAAGCGAUGCUUUAUUUUCUUGAAGUACUUAUGAACAGCAAUGGAAGCUUGAAUAUUUCGCAGCUCGCUGGUCGAUUUAACUCCAGGAGUUUUACAGCAGAAAUGCGAGUUGCCUGUGGUGGAAACGAAGCCGGUUUAAAGAGCUUUCUAGAAAAAUAUCCGUCACUUUUCACUAUUAAGGGAAAUGUUGUAUCUCUAUUUGAGGCAUCAUCUCCUUCUACUCAAUCCAGUUUGGAUGACGGCGUCUCAUGUUCGAGAGCCGGUUCAAACGUUGUUCCAGGAGCUGGAGCAAGCCUUGUGCCUGACGUUUCUCUUGAGAUGCUAGCUGUAAAUUACUUUCAGUCAUGGCUAGCAAAGAAGGAAGAGAAAUGGAUCAAUAUAAAAUCAUUAGCUGGACAUUUAAGUCAGGCAAAUGCUGAAAUUAGGGGUAUCGUUGGUCCGCAAUUAGAUUUCAGAAAAUGGUUACUGAAACAUCCUCAUAUCUUCGAGGUUCAAGGAGAGCUUGUUGCUCUUAAAGAUGACAUCGCUUCUUUGUCAACCCCAGCGGUACCAGCUAGGAAUUUGGAUUUGAGCAAUGGGCAUUCAAAGUUGAACUCACGCUCCAAUAUAAAACGAACUAAAUCCCUUAAUGACAAAACAGACUUAUCUCAAAAGAGAAAAACAAACGUACCGGUCUCUAUGACUGCAACUGAAUAUAAAUCAGUCAUGUUCCUUAAAGAUAUACUGGAGAAACGUUUCUCGGGUACCACAGUCCCUAUACAAAGCUUACUCCCCCUUACAACCAGCGUGCCCGAAAGUAUGAAAAAUGUUAUGGGUUCCAAUAAAGAGGAUUUGGAGAGUUUUUUCGAAUCUUUUUCUUCGGUUUUCAACUAUGAUCGAGCUGAUCAAAGCGUAACACUUUUAAAAAGUGCCAAGCUUAAUGUAAUUAUUACAGGAAGUAAACCAAAAAGUGGCCUUGUUCAUUCAGCGCAAAAUGUGCUGACAGCCUGCAACGGAAUUAUUUAUCAUGUAGCAAAAUUAUGGGGUAUAGUUGAUCUUGGCAAACAUGAGCACGUAUUUUUUGAUAAAAGCAUAAUGGUGGAAGCGAUAGAGGAUAUGCAAACAGAGUUCAAAAUUGGAGAGACUUUGUGGUUCAAUGCUGUUCUUGCACCUAAGACAUCUCGAGCCAAAUGGAGAGCCACUCACGUAUGGAAAGAAGAUGAAGUUGCCCCAACUUCACUUCCUAACUCUGCUAUGUUCGAAGAAUCAGCUCCUUUUUCAUUUCAAGACGAGAUAAAUAGCAUAAUACCGUCAGAUUCAUCAUCAGAUAAAAAUCUUGAUGAUUUUGAUGGAACUAUGUCUAAUGGCUCAUUGACCGAUUUACACGAAUUAAGAUUGGAUUUGUGCUCCUAUACAUCCCGACCACCAACAACUGAAACAGCUUCAAAUUCAAGUUCAUCAAUUUGUUCGGUAAAAAAGACAACUGACAGCAGUACUCAAACACUUUCAACUGGAGAAAUUAUUGCAACAAAAUUGUAUCAUGAAGCCUAA